CGGCGUCGGCGCGGCGGAUAAUAAGUACAUAUUCACCAUUCAGUCGAAAACGUACAGCGCUGCCCAGUUUUACGUAGGAUUUGUAAUAAUCGUAAUACUCAAUAUUCAAAAAAAGUUAUGCCGAAGAGAAAGUGUAGUUUUUCCGCCGAAUACACUAAAAAGUGGUCAUUCAUUAAAAAAGGAAGAAAUGACCAGGAAGCUUUAUGUUCAAUUUUUGAAUUUUAUAUAUCCGUAAGUCAUGGCGGUAAAUCGAGUGUGAAAGAUCAUAUUCAAAGCAAAAAUCACAACUCCAGAUUGUCAGUUGCAUCAACGUCGAAAGAUAUAUUGUCUUUUAUGAUCAAACAAAAUUCGACAGAAGAUACUCUGAUAUGCGCUGCUGAACUUACCACUGCUUAUAAAGUUGUGAAGCACCACCAAUCGUUUAGUUCGAUAGAUUGUUCGACAAAACUGAAUGCUAUCAUGUAUCCGGAUUCGAGCAUCGCAGUAAAACAAUCAACUGCCAGAACCAAGGAAGUCGAUGGCUUUCACUACUUCCAGCUGUCGAACGAUUGCUAAAGUUAUAUGUGCCAUUGAAAGAGUUUUUCCCAGAUGAUCAUACAGUGCAUAAUAAACAAAUGAUAAAUUAAUGACAUGUAGACAAACAAGACAUCAAACAUAAAAAUAAUAAUAAUAAAAAAAAUCA